AUGCAAUUUUUGACUCAAUCAAUUCUUUUGAUCCUUGCUACUGCUGUUAUCGCUAAAAACAUUCUUUUGAGUAACGAUGAUGGUUGGGCGGCAACCAAUAUUAGAGCCACCUACUACAAGUUGAAAGAAGCUGGUCACGAAGUUUGGUUAGUUGCUCCUGUUUCACAAAGAUCUGGAUAUGGGGGUAAAUUUGAUGUCCCAUCAUCUUCUACCUUGCAGUCUGAUGGUGAGUUCAAGUAUCCCCCUGCUGGUUCAAAGGCUUGGGGCCAUGAAGAAGACGAUGAUCAUAUUUGGUAUUUCAACGGUACUCCAGCUUCAUCAAUUGCUUUUGGUUUGCAAUACGUUUUGAAGGAAAAGUUUAAUGACACAUCGAUUGAUUUAGUUGUUGCUGGUCCAAAUGAAGGCACAAAUAUGUCUCCAGGUAUGUUUACAUUAUCAGGUACAAUUGGUGCUACUUACAACUCCGUUUAUAGAGGAUACCCAGCUGUUGCAUUCAGUGGAUCAAACUCCAACAACUCAUUCUUUAAGGACUCAUUGGACUUAGACGACGCUAAUGAACCAUCAACCAUCUACGCAAACAAAGUUACCGAAUUCGUUAAUCAAUUAUUCGAGGGACAAGGUGAUGAAUCAAGAGCAUUACCACUUGGUGUUGGUUUGAAUGUCAAUUUCCCUAAAGUGGGUCAUGAAGAUGAGUCGUGUACUGACCCGGCCUGGGUUUAUACCAGAUUGACCGGUGAUUCUGCUGGUGGUCCAGAUUUGAAAUACAAUGCAGAUAAAGAUGUGUUUGAAUCAAGCCUGGGUAGUUGGGAAGCUCUUAAAAUUUGUCACAAUGGUGAUUGUUCAUUGCCUUCUGAGAAUUCUGUCGUUGAGCAUAGAAAAUGCUCUUCAUCUGUGUCUGUUUUCUCUAUUGACUAUGAUGCCAACUUGAACAUCACCAACAAAGUUGAAGGUGUUUUGCAUCCAUUGUUUCGAAAGGAUUAG